CAACAGAUUACUCCAGAAGGGAGUAUCUGUUGCAGCAGCUAGAGAGGUCACUCACUGAUGACCGUUGUGCCCAGAUCACCAAGCAUAUGGCUGAGAUGAUCCUGCUGGAGCACAAGGUCAUCAGCUCCCAGUUCACAAAUUGGGAUGACCGUUUUGAGCGGCUGGAGCGUCGGGUUGACGAGCUGUCAGCUCAGCAGUCCAAGAUCGUGGAUGCUAUCCAGGGCUUGUCUGCUCAGCUGGCAGCCGCCAAGCUGAUUACUCCUCAGCUCCCUCUGCUGCAACCCAAAUCCUCUCCUCCUCCUUCACAACCUACUUCCCCUCCUCCAUCCCAUGCUGGAUCUGCACAUUCCUCCCGGUCAUCUACCCCUUCCCAAAAGGCCUCAGUAAAGGCCACCUAUGCUGCUGUGACUGCAGCAGACAGAGGUCCCAAGAUGCCUGCUCCCAACAAGUUCAGGGGCGAUGACCCCAAGACUGAUGUUGGGGACUGGGCUGCUGGGACCAGAGCCUACUUGAGGGCCUUUGUCUGUGCAGAACAGACCAAGGUGGCAAUUGUUUUGGGGCUGCUGGAAGGGCUUGCACUGAAGUGGGCCACCUCAACUUCCAGCAGUCUGCAGCAGACCAUGGAGGACUGGGCCUUUGGAUUGGGGGUAGACAGACUUCUGCAGGCCCUGGAGGACCGGUUUGCAGACAAGGAGCGGGCCCGCAAGGCGGCUGACAGGAUUGCUCGUCUGGGACAACAACGAUACAGCGGUACCCUACAGGCCUUGUUUGCAGAGUUCGAGCAGCUCACCUCCACCCCUGGGUUGGUCAUGGCACCUGAUGAUCUGCUGACCAACUUCUGUAGGGCAGCUUCUGAGAAGUUUGCUGUUGCACUCUAUAGCGCUAGGCACAAGGACUGGAGGUCCUUUGGCCGUGCAGCCCUAGAAAUGGAGGCCAAGCUCCAUGUCCAGGCCCCAUCCUCUGACAGCAGGAAAGGUGCCUUCCUUAGAGUUCUUCAGCAGGAUGAUGGGAAUGGUCUUCGGCCUGAUGAGUUCAUGAGUAAGAAGAUCAAGACUCAAAAGCUCCAGGACUCUACCUGCGAGAAAGAGCUAUAUGCUCUUGUCUGUGCCCUGAAACAUUGGAAACACUUUCUCCUGGGCAGRCACUUCAAGAUCUUUUCAGAUCAUUCCACCUUGCAGUGGAUGAAGUCCCAGGGAGAGUUAAAUGAUAAGUUGGCACGAUACAUUCAGUUCAUUGACAUGUUUGACUUUGAACUGAAAYACAAGAAGSGCUGCUAYAACAAGGUAGCGGAUGCCCUCUCUCGUAGGGCCGACUCUUUUGCGCUGAUCUCCUCUACUCACUCCUUUGGAGAGGAGACCCGUCAGACCAUUGCUCGUCUACUGCCUCAGGAYGAGACUUUCRGACCCAUUGUCAGGAAUCUGCAAGCAGAUCCUAACUUUGAACCAGGCUAUGCGCUGAGWUCAKACYUGCUGUACACGUACAGWAGGGGUGAGGAGCGCUUGUGCAUUCCUCAGGACCAGCGGCUCAGGWCASUGCUGAUGUCWGAGUGUCAUGAUGCCCGUGGACAUUUUGGGUUUCUAAAGUCUUAUACAGCCCUGUCGCAGCGCUUCUUCUGGAAGGAGAUGCGGGGUGAGAUGCUGCGUUAUGUGAACACAUGYGAGCUCUGCCAAAGGAACAAGGUUCAACGUAAACCUCCUUUGGGACUGCUCAAACCCUUACCCAUACCUGAUGGCCCUGCCCAAUCUGUGUCAAUAAACUUCACAGAUUUAGGCAAGACCACCCCUCGUGGCAUGCGUCAGGUUAUGGUCUGCGUGGAUCGGUUCUCCAAAUACGCAGAGUUCGUCCCCUUGCCAGAGGUAGCGAGGUUACCGACUGUAAGAGCAACCUUUUCUGAGAGAUCUCGGACAAUGUCGUCGCCUCUAGCACCAGAACAUCUGGAAAAGAUGCGCCCACGGUCGUCCGGCAGAUGGAGUUGGCUUCAAAAGUUGGAAACAUUGUUGAAACCAGUCCAUGGAAGCUUCCACCAGAGCUUGGACAACCUUCUUCGCGGAAAGGGAUUCAGACUGGCCCCGCAUCUUCCCUUAUCGAAUGGAAACCAUAGCUCACAGCCUUAUACGUUGCGGAGGCCACGAAACAGGUCGAGUGACCCUUGCUGCUCCAUUGGAAAGGCCGACGAUUCGUGGCAUGGUUCGUUGAUCAGCUAUCUGAUUGUCAUUCUCCUCUCGUGUUUGAUUGGCACCUGCCUUUACAUUCAGUCUCUUGGCGGCGGAAAUCUAGCAUGGAUGAAGGCGCAUUUGACCACACUUGCAAUUUAUUUGGUCGCAGCAGUUAUUUUUUUCACUAUUCCUAUUGCAACCACCCUCACGCUGCAGACCCUCCCUGUCCAGGCCAAGUUAUUGGCCUUAUCCGCUGUACUUCUGAACCUGGUCUUAUUGGGUCUGUAUGAUACAGGCGCCUCAUUUGAACACCAUGGCCAGUACAAUGCACUUGUGUUUGCAGCCAUACUCUUCCCCAUUAACAGUAUUAUUUAUUCGUCCGUCGUCCUUUACCGGUACUUUCCGCGCAGAUGCCCGCCCUUCACGGUUUGCCUAUUGAUUGUCUUGGUUUCGGCAGUAUCCCUUCAGCUGAUGCGAUACCGGCGUGUCUACCCCCAAGGCCUCCCUGGAAAGCAAGCUUUGAAUGUGUUGCCUACAGGCGAACAUCUGUGCCCUCUUCAGCCUGGAAUACCGUGGCAAGAUCUUCUUCCCAAAGGGGCCAUGAACUUCUGGACCGGGUCGCAAGCUUGCCCCCCCAACAAGUAUGUGCUGCAGGUCGAGGUUUCGCCGAACGGAACAAUGAAGGUGGACGGAUGUCCUUCUCACGAGUCCCUAUCCUAUGUGCCAUUCCCGGACACGAAAGCGUGGAACACUUCGUCGAAGGAAAUGUAUCAGAUAAACAAAGAGGUGCUUGCGCAACUCAAGGAGAUCCCGUACGGUCCGUCAGCACAACUUCCGCCGGAUUGCGAGUCUUUCCUCGUCCAAUGUGGCUACGCCACACGACAGCUGUUCUUCCGUAAGACACAAAGGCAAGCCUCAUCGCCAUCGCCAUCGCCAUCGCCCUCUCUGAAAGCAUCUCCGCAGCAAUACAACAUACUGGUUCUCUUCAUCGAUGCCGUUUCGCACCGUCACUUCUAUCGUAAGUUGCCUCUGACGGCGGAGGUCCUGUUCCAAAUGACAAAGAAGAGUGGAUUUUCACUGCACGAGUACUUCCGCUACUCGCUUGCAGGUUUCAACACCGAUCCGAACACGCUUGCUCUCUACACCGGACAUUUAUGGGAUGAAGGGGAGACUUCGCACCGCCAUGAGCCCCUUUGGGAGGGGUUACAUCGCAAUGGGUACGUUACGGCUUGGAUGAAUGAUGACUGCGACGACUGGAGCGUGUCUUGCAUGAAACGCACCACUUCGUAUGCGCUCUCGCACGAGCUUCUGGCACCGUUUUGCCACCCAGAGUACUUUCCAGCAGUCGGCCAUCCAUAUGGCAACUUCAAGGGUCCGUACUCUAUACGCAGGAGAUGCCUUUUUGGCCACUAUGUCCAUCACCACGCCUUUGCCUGGGUAAACCAUAUGGUCUCUCUUUAUCACAAGAAACAGCCGUUUGCUUUCUUUAACUCAUUUAUCGAAGGGCAUGAGGGAUCGGGCGAAGUUCUCUCCACGAUGGAUGCAGAGCUCGCCGAUUUCCUCAAAAAGGCGUCGGACUCGGGACUCUUCGAAGAUACUGUGUUGCUCCUCCUAAGCGAUCACGGAAACCAUAUGUCGCUUUCUUAUGUGUACACGGAGAACGGUCGGCAAGAGCAUGAGUCGCCUUUCCUAUUUGUUUCAGUGCCGGAUUCGCUGGCUGCGGCUGCGGAUGUCGACGACCCCUCGCGAACCGUGGGCCAGAACCUCGAAAGGAACGAACAGGUGCUUGUGAACGCGUUUGACAUCCACUUCUUUCUGAGAGUUCUCGUUCAGUGGCAAGACAGGGAAAAUCUGCACGGCGACGCCCAAGGAUGGUGGCGGCAGAGUCUGUUGUCAAACAAACGCGCCAACAGGACGUGCGAAGAGGCCAAGGUUCCCGACAACUUCUGCUGGUGUCACCACCCGAACAGUAUGCUUCCUUAGUUUUACCGACGUGAAUUUUUAUGAAGGCGUUCUUCAUUUUUUUUUAAUCAUUUUUAAAUGAUUUUUUUUGCAUUUAUAUACCUAUGAUUCAUCAUUGUCUAGGAGGAAGUCACAAAUCUUAUUUUCUUACAAGCAUUGAUUACAGUCGAGAGUGUUUGUUUUUUUUCCCCUUUUUCAAGCGUUGAUUAUAUGUACGUAAUCUAUUUUUUAUUCGUUUCACUGCUUUCACACUUGGCUUGCGCUUUUUCUUCGGAAGGUUGUGCAAGGGUAUUACUUUUUUAUGCUCUGCUUUGUGGAAGCCUCCCCAACAUGGGAUUUAGGAAUUAUUAUUCUGCAUAUAAUAUAAUAUAAUUGAUGCUUGUGUUACGUGGAUGGGAAUUAGCAAUUCUCAUGAUCAGAUCAGCGUGGAUUUCUUAAUCGAAUCAGACCAUUUGGAUUGGAUAGAUCCGAGUUGUGGAUUCGGUUUGGAUUUACCAGCAUGGCCGACUAUAAAUAGAUUAUCUGUUGAAGAGGAGAGAUCGCGGAUCAGGGUGUCGUCAUUGCCUUUCCAUCG